AUGCUUCUCCUCAAAGACCCCAAAUCAUACAUACUGUUUGUGAUGAUCUCAAUCAAUGGGUUUGGGCAGAUCUUCUGUGUUCAUGCCCAAGCACUCUCCUAUCUUUGCUCCGAUGACAUAGCCAACUCCAGUUACAUAGAUGACCGCACUUCCCUCUUGGACUCUUUAUCAUCCAGAGCAACCUCCAUGGACUUCUACAAUGAGACUAUCAAUGAUAUCCAUGGUCUCUUCCUCUGCAGAGGCGACGUUAACGCCUCUACUUGCCAGAAUUGUGUCACUGGCACCGGAGAAGAGAUCAUCAGGGUAUGCCAGCCGAAUAGAACAACAAUAAUAUGGUAUGAUUUUUGCAUGAUUCACCACUGUGAUAUCAACUUUUUUGAAGAAUUGCAAUCUGGACAAGUAGUGUUUUUUUAUAAUACCCAACAUUUUAAUUCAACGGAGGAUCCACAAAACUUUGCAGCUGUGAAUUUCAUACAGUUAUUGAUAUUGGAUAGUCUACUUAUGGAGAAUCUGUACACGGCAAAUAGUUUACCUCUGCCUAAUGGAGAUCAGGUUACCCCACCACCACCACCAAGCACCCCUGCACCUCCAACUGAUCAAGGAAAUGGAGGAUUGAAGAACAUAACAAAAAUAGCAGUCAUCACAGUAUCAACAGCAGCAGGUGUAGCCGUGUAA